AAUAUGCCCUACUACCGGUAUAGUAUUGAGUUUGAUUUGAAGAUUACAUUGAACGCAGGUGCUCUCACACGUGACCAAAGCCAAGUCAUCCAACCUUUCCCACCAAGUCUUCCCACCAAAAAAGUGGAAAAACCCACUUAUGCCCUCCUCCUCCUCCUCCUCCUCCUCCCCUAGCAAGACAUCACUCGUCAGUCGACAGUCCCCAUUUCUUCAUUUGCAGAAACGCAGAGAGAGAGAGAGUGAGAGAUGUCAGGGUGGGACGAGGGGGCAGUGUACUACAGUGACUAGGCUCACUCGUGGUGCGGCGGCAGUGAAGACCACGAUCCGGAGGCAGCAAGCCAACACUCCGUCCUCCAGAAGUUCAAGGAGUUCAUCCGUAGCUUCGAGACCGUCAAGAAUGUUUUCCCCUACAGAGAAAGCCUCGUCCACAAUCCCAACAAGUCCCUUCUUGUCGACUUGGAAGACCUCGAUGCCUUCGACCCUGACCUCUCGGCCUUGCUCCGCUCCUCCCCCGCCGACUAGUUGCCUCUUUUUGAGAAGGCGGCAGCAGAGGUUUUGGCGAGCUUGAGGUCGAAAGUGGCUGGAGAGACGGGAGAAAUGGAAGAUCCGGUGACCGGGGACGUUCAGGUCUUGCUAACGUCGAGGGAGGAUCCAGUCUCGAUGAGGUGGCAGGCUCAAUAUAUUUUGAAACUUGUUAAAAUAGCUGGGAUCACUCUAGCUGCAUCUAGGACUAAGGCAAAGGCGACAUAUGUGACUCUUAUCUGCAAGAACUGUAGAAAUUCAAAGCAAGUUCCUUGUCGGCCAGGCCUUGGUGGUGCAAUUGUCCCUCGCUCUUGUCAUCAUAUCCCUCAGCCGGGAGAAGAGCCAUGCCCAUUUGAUCCAUGGCUUGUGGUUCCAGAUAAGAGCAAGUAUAUAUGUCGAUCAACAAACCUUGAAACUGCAGGAGAAUCCAGAGGAUGUUCCGACUGGGGAGCUUCUCACUAAUCAGUAAGAAAAGAUUUCUAAUUUAAGUAUGGUGUGCAUAAAAGUCAAUGCUGAAAAAGCUGAUAAAAUAUCAAAUAGUUUUGCAUGGCACCAUAUGAUCCUCAUCAAUUUGCAAACUCUCAUAUCCGGGAUUUGUCUAAAUUAACUUUCCCCAUAAACUUCUCUUUAACAUCAUAUAUAAAUGACAUAUAUAUAAGCAUAGCUCAUUAGAAUUACCUGUCCCCUAAUUCCAAUCCGGACAAAUUGGCUACUUUUUCCAAAGCUACCCCCCACUUUGUAAGCUUUACUUCAUCCUUGAACUUAUAUCUAAGUUUGGCAAAUGCUUCUCCGAAACUCCCUUUUUGAUGUCGUACAUCUGAUGGAUCUACAUCGUAAAAUAUGGGUAGAACAAUUUGUUUCACCGCUUCCUCACACUCAAGGAUCUUCAACAGCUCAUCUAAACACUAUCUAGAAUCUGAAUAGUUCUUGGAGAGUACAACGAUAGAAAUCAUUGAUCCAUCAAUUGCUUUGAGAAGUUCUGACGAAAUUUCCUCUCCUCUUUUGAGAUUGUUGUCUAUGUAAGUGUUGAUUCCUCUUUGAUGCAAAGCAUGGUAUAGAUGAGAAACAAAGUUUUGACGAACAUCCUCACCUCUAAAACUCAAGAAUACAUCGUGAGUCCACCUAUGAAUGGAAGAAGAAGAGAAUGAGAGAGAGGAAGAAGCUCCUAAUUGAAAGGCCAUGGAAGAAGAAGUGCUCAUCCUGAUCUGAUGUGUAUGCGAGAUUAGUAUUCACCAAGAGGUCCAAUUAUAGAUGUAGUACUUAUUGCAAAUAAAUAAUAAUAGAGAAGUGGGUCAUACUUCUCGGCAA